GGCGUGGUUUCGGAGGGAGGGAGAGCGAGUAGAGACUCAGAGAGGAAAGAGGGAUGCAAGCGAAGCAGCACUCGUCUGGUCACGGAGCUGUUAGGAAUGGAGAUGUGGAGAAGCAGACACAAAGCUAGCGUGUGUUUUUCCUGGCAGAGAUCAACUGGGAGGGAGCUACUGUCUCUCCGACGGUGUUUUUUCCCCCUCUUCCAGCAGCGUUGAUCACAUCUGAGGAUAAGGAGAUGGAUUGGAUUUCUCCUCCUCUCCGUAUGAAGGAUGCCAGAGGCCACAGUCUAAACAACAGACGUACAGUACUGAAUUGAGCGACGCGGAACUGUGAAUUGUAUCGUAGCUUUCCCGGAUAUGCAGCCUGUUGAGUGCUGUCAGAAUCCUUAAGAGUCUAACGCCAAUUGGGCUCUUUUGAACUGAGCUGAAACAUCAGGAAACAGGCGUUCGAGAGGGACAGCUUCUUAGUGCGGUUGUUAAUGUGGACCGAUUGCAACACAAUCACCACAGCCUGAGGCAACACCAGGAGGAAAGGGAAUAAAUAAACCGAAGAACGGGCAUUUAUAUUUAGCAUGCUUAACAAAAUGUUAAUAGGACUCUGGUCAGAUUUUUACAGAAUGUAAACAAAUAACACAUAACUUCAGGGCAGGUUAUUUAACUCUUCUUGUGAACAAACAGGGAGUUGAAGGUCUAAAUUCCGGUGGCUUAGGUUUUUAUAAAGUUGUCUGGUAAAUUUAGGUUGCACCUAAAGCAGAUGCAAUUGCUAACUAGCUUAGCAUAGCAAAAAGGUUUGCUGUUAUUUUUUUCUUUUUCAGACUGAAUUAUAUACAUUCAGACUUCAGCAGGCUAAAUACUGCACAAGGUGAGUAAUACAUUGGUAUCCAUCAUACAAAAAGGCUCAGACAUUAUAUUUUUAUCUUAAACAUUUUUAUUUUAAACCUAAAUAUUGCACUAUGACGGUUAAUUCAAACCAGCCUAACAAGUCACUGUUAGCCCUUGAACACAGAUUUGACUUCCCCCUGUCUUUUAAUUUUUUCUGUUGAUGGAUGUGGAGAUAAUGAAAAUAAAAAACUACAAAUGGAUAAAGAGGAGUCGUCUAUCAGCGGCUAUGUCUGAAUCCAGGAAACUAACACGGACAUACUCUAAUCUGACUGGAUGUGUGUAAGGGAUGAGUUUUGUUGUGUUGUUCUUGUGCUUCAUUGAUGGAUUUGCCUGCUAGCACAGCCCUGUGGGGCACAGCUGACAACUCAGAGCCAAGCUUCGCCAACCAGCUGGGCACUGCCUCACCUGUUGUGCCAAGGUUUGUUUCCAUAGUGACCAGCCUUGUGACCGCCACCACAGAGGCCACAGUGGGAACCACAGGAAACCUAUCAGCUUUCAGAGACCAAAGAGGGAGCGAGGUCAGUCAAACCCAUCUGGCAUCGACCCCGUCGGUGCUGAGCGCCACUGAGAGUAAUUCUGUCCUGCAGGGCUUCACAGUGGCAGCUCAGGCCCUGGUACUCCUCUCCAUCUUCCUCCUUUCCAGCCUCGGUAACUCGGCAGUCGUCAUUGUCAUCAUCAAACACAGACAGCUUCGAACGGUGACAAACGCUUUCAUCAUGUCGCUGUCACUGUCUGACUUCCUCACAGCUAUUCUAUGUCUGCCAUUCUCCUUUGUCAUGCUCUUCAGCAAGGAUGGCAUCUGGAUGUUUGGGGAUCAUUUAUGUGUGGCCAAUGGCUUUUUCAACACCUGCUUUGGUAUAAUUUCCACCCUGACUAUGACUUUGAUCUCCUUUGACAGGUACUACGCCAUAGUCAGACAGCCACAGGCUAAAAUAGGGCGCCAGAAAGCAACUCAGUUGUUGAUAGCUGUGUGGUUAACUGCUGUCAUUUUCUCUUUACCUUGGUAUCUGUUAGUCCGGACACCUAAAGAAAUCCAUAAGCUAGGUUUCUACCACUGUAUGUAUGUGUUUCACUCUGGGACCUCGCGCAUGGGGACGGCUUAUAGCAUCUGCCUUAUAAUUGUAUGUUAUUUACUGCCCUUUUCCCUCAUGUGUUUUUGUCAUUAUAACAUCUGUAAGACAGUGCGGCUCUCAGAGAUCCGAGUCAGGCCGGUGACCACAUAUGCAUACUUACUCCGAUUUUACAGUGAAAUGCGAACGGCCACCACAGUUCUGAUUAUGAUUGUUUUUAUUAUUUUUUGUUGGGGGCCAUAUUGUCUAAUGGGGUUGGUUACAGCAAUGGGAGACUACAAAUUCAACCCAGCAAUGGACAAGGUUGCCAUCUGGCUAGCCUGGGCAAAUGGAGCCAUUAACCCUCUGAUCUAUGCCCUGAGGAACCCCAAUAUAUCCAUGUUACUGGGACGGAGCAGAGAGGAGGGCUAUCGGACCAGAAAUAUUGCUGCGUACCUCUCCAGCCAUACCCAGAACCGUGAAAUUCGGCUUAACCAAGCAGAGAGGAUAAGGGACCGCUACGUGAGUCGAGUACGGGUGAAUAAUAACAGCCGGCUCUCGAGUUCAAGUCCUGGAAAAGGAGGAGAGGUGGCAAUGUGGGCCUGUAAAAACCCUGCUGUGUUUUUCUGCAGGGACGCCCAGCCUGACACUGCAACACUACCCAACUCAGUCAGCACUCAAAAGAUGAAGACAGCUGACACCAGCCUGUGACAUUCUGGAAGAAAUCUUAACCAUUUAAUAAUUGUUUUCAUCUGCUCUGUAUUUAAUGAUCUGAAGCUAGAGACUGCUGUAACCAAGGUGACAUUUGUCUCAUCAAAUCACAGAAUCUCAAAGAUGUUUAUGAUCCAAACCACCACUGGACCAGAUUUUUUCAAGGGAAUCAAAAGGAUCAUGGGUUGUUCAUAUAGUACUGUUGAAUUUAAGAACUUUUUGUGGGACGACAAAUGUUAUGAUGGUGAAAACUCAAUUUAAACAGCUGUUGUAUAAUAGUUAAAAACAGUUAAAUAAAAUUCCUUCCUGAAUUUGGAAAACACUGUUAAGUCCUCUCAAGGAUCCACAGGACCACCUGAAGAAUCUCUGGAAUCCCCUCAGUAAUGAAGCAUGGAAGGGUAUGCAAAACAUUUCUGUAGAAGACCAUGACAAGUUUGUGCUUGUGCUGCUUCAUGUCAGAUAUCCUUUCAUAUAUAGAUGAAGCACGUGGAUAAGGAAAACUAAUAAAUGAUCUAGCAUUUCCUUAAUCGUAAACCUUCCAUGCAUAAAACAUAUAUCUCCUGUACCUGUAAUUUUCAGACUAUCCUCACCAGGAAAAUGAUAUCAAUAGCCAUUUGUUUAAAUGCUUAAAGCAACCUAAAGUUACACCUUCCUAAUCUCUUUCUGUCAUGUGAAUAAUGACUAGCCUGUCCUCUGUCAGAAGCAAAGGCAAAACUUGACAGAACCUCUGAUGGCCUGGUCACACCAGAACGUGGUACAGCGGAGUUCAUCCACAUUUCUUCACAAUAAAGGUGACGUCAAACUGUUUUAGCUGGCAAGGUAACCACUGAGACAAUAGCCAGCAGAGAAGAUGCUAACGGUACCCAGUUGGAGUUCGCUCUCCAAACCACCGUUUCAGCCACCUAGCUUGUAGAGUUUUUUCCAAGAGACUCGCAUACCAUUGAGUACCAUCUCAUAAUUGUCUGCAGUUUAUACUCUGACAGAUCAAGAUUGUAUUUAUGUGGAUGAGGAGUGGCUUUUUCAUCAGGUCUACCUUUUAGCCUGUUGUGGAUUUUUUUCAAAAUGUAUUAGGUAAAAUAUUACUUCUUUAUUGCAGUUAUGAUUAUUCACAUUCAACCUGAAUGUGCUGCUCCUCAUGGUCACCAGUUUGGUCUUGGAUUAAAAGUUCAGUCACUUGUUGGUUCAGACUGGUUUGUUCAGUUCAGUAGGUCUAUAGAAGCUUUGUUAAAUAAGUCUAAUGACUCAGGAACCACCUAUCUGCAGCAGCGUUAUCCCAUCAUAACCCCAUCUUUGAUUAAGUGGAUUUUUGUUUUCUUUCAUUAAGUUUUAACCAGGAAAAAAAACAGGAAUGUAUACAGUAAUACAGUUGAGGUGAAAAGCUGACACGGAGCGAGAUUUGGUCGGUGAUGAUGUUUCUGUACAGUCAGUUCAGCUGGAGGAUUCAGUUUUCAAUAUUAGAUUGUUCACAUACUGAACACCUCUUCUUGGUUUAGUUUCUUUGAAACCAGAGUGAACCUCAGCACAGCAUUUGUCAGAUGCAGAGCUGAAUUGUACUUGUUGACCAGGCAGGAAACCUUUGAUGUGGCAGACAGAAGCCACAUAAGCUAAUGUUUAAGGUUGACGCAACAUAGCCAACACUGGCUCACCGCAGCAUCACAUUUGCACUUACACUUUACAAAUUUCCAGCAGUAAUGUCACACCCCUUUGUCUCUUGCUGUGAGUUUAAAGUAAUGGAGAGAUUAAGGUUUUAAUAUAAGCAUGCUUACAUAAGCUUUUAUUUCUAUCUUGAAUGUUUUGUACCUGUCUGUGAAGUGGGUACACACCAGUGUACAAUUUUGACUAUAGAAUUUGAUUACAAUUCUGGAAAACAUAUUUGACAAUUUUAUAACAUCCUAAAACUUCCGCUUGAUGUUACUGAAGAGCAGUUUUACUGGUAGCAUCUUGACAUUUCCUACACAAGAUGGGUGGAAUUAUACAGGCAAAAAAACAUUUUUCACAUGGGACCUUUUGACUUGUCAGACUCGGAAAAGCACAGGUGUAAAUAAUAACACUGAUGAAGGCUCUAUUCAGUUUAACAUAGGUAUGUCAGUUACGGCGUGUCAAUGAGCGAGCACCCCACAUAGAUCCAUGGCUGCGGCAAUGGUACACCUGAAUGAAUUGUUUCCGUCACUAAUGUCUGCUGUGAGAGUGGAUAAUUAUAUAAGAUCACCUCCAUGUACAAAUAAGAAGGAGGAGUGACCUCACUCUCAUCUGGCGGCCGUGGCAAAAAAGUAAUAAUAGUAAGAAAAUCUGUCUGAAAUAUGAGCUACAACCAUCCAAAAUAGAGUAUCCCUCACCUGAAUGGCUGUUUUUUAUUUUAUUUUCAUCCAAGCCAAUUAUUGUAAUCAUCCGAGCCAAGCUCUGAAAGUCUUCAGUUUUCAGCGCCACUGUAGGUGCUGCAGGGAAGAGGAUUCAGGUGCCAGUCAGGAAGGAAAAGAUGGUGUUUUCAUCACUUUGACCUGUAUGAGUAAAUCCAUUUUCAUAUCA